CUGCCUGAGCUGGGUGCAGCUAGUCAGGUGCUGUGGCUGUGGCCAGCUUCUCUGAACCAGGAUGUGGGCAUCUUGGGCUCCAGGCUUGUGGCUGCUGCUUGGUCUCUGGGCCACCUGCAGUCAUGCAGCAAGUACAGGUGAGCAGUGCCCAUCUUCACAGCAAGAAGGACUCAAGUUAGAACACAGAAGUGACUUAUCGACCAAUGUGACUGGCUUCAACCUCAUCCGCCGACUCAACCUCAUGAAGACAUCUGCCAUCAAGAAGAUCCGCAACCCCAAUGGGCCUCUCAUUCUGCGGCUGGGGGCUGCCCCACUCACACAGCCCACACGACGAGUAUUCCCUCGGGGUCUCCCCAAUGAGUUUGCCCUGGUGCUGACCGUAUUGCUGAAGAAGCACACCCGCCAGGACACAUGGUACUUGUUUCAAGUGACCGAUGGAGAUGGGUACCCACAGAUUUCUCUGGAAGUCAACAGACAAGAGCAGAGCCUAGAACUCCGGGCCCGGGGCCACGACAACGACUUUGUGUCCUGCAUCUUCUCACUGCCCCAGCUCUUUGACUUCCGUUGGCACAAGCUGCUGCUGAGUGUGGCAGAACGCGUGGCCUCUGUGCAUGUGGACUGCACCUCAGCCUCCUCUCAGCCUCUGGGGCCCCGGCAACCCAUUCGGCCUGUGGGGCAUGUCUUUCUGGGCUUGGACACUGAGCAGGCCAAGCCCGUCUCGUUUGACCUUCAGCAGGCGCACAUCUACUGUGACCCAGAUCUUGUGCUCGAGGAGGGCUGCUGUGAGAUUUUACCAGGAGGGUGCCCUCCAGAGACCUCCAAGGCCCGUCGGGACACCCAGAGCAAUGAGCUCAUCGAGAUCAAUCCACAGACUGAGGGCAAGGUCUACACCCGCUGCUUCUGCCUGGAGGAACCUCAAACCAGCAAGGUGGAUGCCCAGCUGGCAGGAAGAAUCAGCCAGAAUGCAGAAAGGAGAACAAAGGCCCACCAGGAGAUAGCUCCCGAUGAGUGCCCACCCUGUGCCCACGGUGCCCAGGAAAGCAAUGUCACAAUUGGUCCCUCUGGCCUCAAGGGAGGGAAGGGUGAGCAGGGCCUGCCUGGUCCAUCAGGCCCCAAAGGAGAGAAGGGAGCCCGGGGCAGUGACUGUGUCCGGAUCUCUCCGGAUGCCCCGCUUCAGUGUUCAGAAGGCCUGAAGGGAGAGAAGGGGGAGUCAGGAGCCUUGGGACCCUCAGGAUCCCCGGGCUCCACAGGCCAGAAGGGCCAGAAAGGAGAGAAGGGAGGCGAAGGCAUCAAGGGCUCUACGGGGAAGCCAGGCCGAGACGGCCGGCCCGGAGAGAUCUGUGUCAUGGGGCCCAAAGGACAGAAGGGAGACCCAGGCUUUGUUGGACCUGAGGGGCUGGCAGGAAAGCCCGGGCCACCUGGCCGACCUGGACCCCCCGGGAUAGGACUUCCUGGGACCCCAGGGGACCCAGGUGGCCCACCAGGCCCUAAAGGAGACAAGGGCAGCGCCGGGGUGCCGGGAAAGGAAGGUCCUGGCGGGAAGCCUGGGAAGCCAGGGGUGCCAGGGCUGAAGGGAGAAAAGGGUGACCCCUGUGAAGUGUGUCCAACGCUGCCUGAAGGGUUCCAGAACUUCGUGGGGCUCCCUGGAAGGCCAGGGCCCAAGGGGGAACCCGGUGAUCCCGCACCAGCUGGGGGAGACCCUGGAAUCCAAGGCCAAAAAGGAGAAAAGGGGGAGUCCUGCUUGUCCUGCAGCCCAGCUGUGGGGACCCAGCAUCUUGGGCCUUUUACAGGGGUCAAAGAGGGCACGGGCCCCCCUGGCUUCGGUUUGCCUGGCCUUCCGGGGAAAGUUGGGGCUCCAGGGCCAGCAGGGCUGAAAGGAGAGAAGGGCGAUUUCGGGGAGGCAGGGCCAGCUGGCAGUUCGGGACUGCCAGGGCCCGUGGGACCCGCAGGCAUCAAAGGGGAGAAGGGGGAGCCUUGUGAGCCAUGUUCAGCUCUGUCCAAGCCUCAGGCUGGGGAGAGCCACGUGGUGGCCUUGCCUGGCCCUCCUGGAGAAAAGGGAGAGCCCGGGCCUCCAGGCUUCGGCCUGCCAGGAAAACAGGGCAAGGCUGGAGAGCGUGGAUUGAAGGGGCAGAAGGGCGAUGCAGGAAAUCCUGGAGACCCUGGAACGCCUGGCACCUCGGGGCGGCCAGGACUGUCAGGAGAGCCUGGGGUUCGGGGCCCCAUGGGGCCAAAAGGAGAGAAGGGUGAUGGCUGCACUGCCUGCCCCAGCCUGCAGGGGGCGUGGACUGAUGCGGUGGGACUCCCUGGGAAACCAGGCCCCAAAGGAGAGCCAGGUCCAGAAGGCGUGGGCCAGCCUGGGAAACCGGGCCAACCUGGUCUACCAGGAGUUCAAGGGCCCCCAGGACUGAAGGGUGUACAGGGAGAAACUGGGCCUCCAGGAAUAGGAGUCCAGGGGCCCCAGGGGGAACCUGGAGCCCAGGGUUUGCCUGGCAUCCAGGGGCUCCCCGGACCUCGAGGACCACCUGGCCCUGCUGGGGAGAAGGGUGCCAAGGGAUCUCCGGGGAUGAAAGGAGCCAUUGGACCCAUGGGACCUCCUGGUGCCAGUGUCUCUGGGCCUCCGGGACCUGAUGGGCAGCAAGGACAGACUGGACUUCCAGGGAUGCCAGGUGAAAAAGGAUCUCAGGGAGAGAAGGGGGAGCCCGGGGAGUGCUCCUGUCCCUCCCGAGGGGACGCUGUCUUCUCUGGCAUGCCGGGUGCUCCGGGACUUUGGAUGGGCAGCUCCUGGCAGCCGGGCCCGCAGGGUCCCCCAGGUGUGCCCGGACCACCAGGCCCCCCUGGAAUGCCUGGGCUGCAGGGAGUGCCUGGAAACAACGGUUUGCCUGGACAGCCUGGGCUGCCUGCAGAACUGGGAUCCUUACCCAUUGAACAGCACCUCCUUCAGAGCCUCUGCGGGGACUGUGGCCAGAGGCAGGCGGCCCACCCGGGAGCCCUCCUGCAGAAAGGAGAGAAGGGAGACCAGGGCAUCCCUGGCGUGCCAGGCCUUGACAACUGUGCCCGGUGCUUCGCCGAGCGGGAGCGGCCCAGAGCUGAGGAGGCCCGGGGAGACAACAGCGAGGGCGAUCCGGGCUGUGCUGGGAGCCCCGGCCUGCCCGGUCCCCCAGGGCUGCCGGGCCAGAGAGGAGAAGAGGGUCCGCCUGGCAUGAGGGGCUCCCCAGGUCCUCCAGGCCCUAUUGGCCCCCCAGGUUUUCCUGGUGCCGUUGGCUCCCCCGGAUUGCCUGGUCUUCAAGGAGAGCGCGGCCUCAGGGGCCUGACGGGAGAGAAGGGGGAAGCGGGUGCUCCAGGGCAACCUGGCUACCCAGGUGCCAUGGGCCCACCGGGACUGCCUGGCCUCAAGGGAGAGCGCGGCUACACUGGGCCCUCAGGAGAGAAGGGAGAAUCGGGCCCUCCAGGAUCCGAAGGCCUCCCAGGUCCCCCAGGCCCAGCGGGUCCCCGAGGAGAGCGAGGACCCCAAGGCAGCUCGGGUGAGAAGGGUGACCAGGGAUUUCAAGGCCAGCCAGGCUUUCCAGGCCCACCGGGUCCCCCUGGAUUCCCAGGCAAAGCUGGAGCACCUGGCGUACCCGGCCCCCCAGCGGAAAAGGGCAGUGAAGGGAUUCGAGGCCCGUCAGGCAUGCCUGGUCCCCCUGGACCACCAGGACCUCCCGGAAUUCAGGGCCCUGCCGGCCUGGAUGGUCUGGACGGGAAGGACGGCAAGCCCGGCUUGAGGGGAGACCCCGGUCUCACUGGCCCACCUGGACUCAUGGGACCCCCAGGUUUCAAGGGGAAACCGGGACUUCCUGGCCUCCCAGGACCAAAGGGUGACUGUGGGCAGCCGGGUCCCCCGGGGAGCAGCGGCCGGCCGGGAGCGGAGGGUGAGCCUGGUGCCAUGGGACCCCAGGGAAGGCCCGGCCCCCCUGGCCACGCUGGACCACCGGGGCCUCCCGGCCAGCCAGGCCCAGCUGGGAUUUCUGCAGUGGGCCCAAAAGGAGACCGGGGAGCCACUGGAGAAAGGGGCCUUUCAGGCCUUCCGGGCCAGCCUGGCCCACCUGGACACCCUGGUCCCCCGGGUGAGCCUGGUGCGGAUGGCGCCGUUGGCAAAGAGGGACCCCCUGGAAAACAGGGAUUCCAUGGAUCCCCUGGUCCAAAGGGCGAUCCAGGACCUUCAGGACAGAAGGGCCAGGCAGGAGAGAAAGGAAGAGCUGGCAUGCCUGGUGGACCUGGGAAGAGUGGCCCCAUGGGGCCUGUUGGGCCACCGGGUCCUGCAGGAGAGAGAGGCCACCCUGGAUCUCCAGGGCCUGCGGGGAGCCCUGGGUUGCCCGGGGUGCCUGGCUCCAUGGGAGACAUGGUGAAUUACGAUGAAAUCAAGAGAUUCAUCAGACAAGAGAUCAUUAAAAUGUUUGAUGAGCGGAUGGCUUACUACACCUCCAGGAUUCAGUUCCCCAUGGAGGUGGCGGCAGCUCCGGGACGACCAGGGCCCCCCGGGAAGGAUGGUGCUCCCGGUCGGCCAGGCGCUCCCGGGUCACCUGGGCUCCCCGGUCAGAUUGGCAGAGAAGGACGGCAGGGCCUGCCAGGAAUGAGAGGAUUGCCUGGUACCAAAGGUGAAAAGGGGGACACUGGUGUUGGCAUCGCAGGAGACAGCGGACCCCCUGGCCCUCCAGGUCCUCAAGGUCCUCCAGGGUAUGGCAAGAUGGGUGCAACUGGACCGAUGGGCCAGCAGGGCAUUCCUGGCAUCCCUGGCCCCCCGGGUCCCAUGGGCCCCCCGGGCAAGGCUGGCCACUGUAGCCCCUCUGACUGCUUUGGGGCCAUGCCGAUGGAGCAGCAGUACCCACCCAUGAAAAACAUGAAGGGGCCUUUUGGCUGAAAUCACCGUCUCCGUUAGAUGAAGGACUCCUUUGGGAACA